AGUACAGAUCUGAGAUAGAUAGACGUGCCUCAAUUUAGAUCAUCAAUGGCGAAGAAACACACUGAAGAAGAAGAUAUCACUAGUAAAUCCGAAACCCUAGAUUUCUUUGCUCUGAUCUCGAAUGGGUUUAGGGUUUCUUCUUCAUCUUCAUCUUCUUCUCCAUUCUUCUUCUUAGUGGAUAUCUUCAAAGAUGAUGUUUGCAUGGAAAUCACUAUUCCCAUUGAUUCUUGUUAUUGGUUUUAUAAUUUUUGAAGAGAGAAUUUCAAUUCCUUCUUGUAAAGAAGAAAUCAUUUCCAAUGAUGAAGAUAUUGUUAGAGAUGAGGAAGGAGGAGCUGAUGAUGUUAGAGUUAUGAUGGUGGCUAAUUUGUUAUUAAUGGGAUCUGAUGAUGCUGGUUAUAUCAAUAGUUAUUUCAGAUAUUCUUAUAUGGCUAAGUUUUUCAGGAAAUCAUUUGACAGACUGAAGCCUGAUAUGCUUAUAGUAUUGGGAGAUGUUUCGGCGAGAGGGUCGGAGUUAACAAACAAUAAAUGGUUAUCAGUGCUUCAGCAAUUUCAGUGGAUGUUGGGUCCGUUUCUUAGCCUUCCUAUGCAUAUUGUUGUCGGUGAUAGGGAUAUUGGAGAAUGCAGUAGAUUAAAUGCCAAAUUUGUUAGUCGAAUAGCUAGUAGUCUGCCAGGAUUGGAUAGUGCUGGUUGUGGUGCUUUCAAGGUGAGCAAUAUUAGCUUUGUUUCGCUCAAUGCUGUGGCUAUGCUUUGUGGUAACAAUGAUCUAAGAUUUAGUGUCGAAAGAGUGAUAGAGGGGGAACAUUUGGAUGUGAAAUCCCAUGGCAAGGGUUCAGCAGGAGGAGCGAGUGAGCCCAGAAAGGUGGAAAGUGAAUUUACUAACUUGGGUUGGAGAGAGAAUACUCUGUCUUCUCGUUCUGGUCCUGUACUCUUACUACACAUUCCACUGCACAGAACAAAUAACAGCGGUGGAGCACUUAAUGUUCUUAAGAGAACCCAUUCAACCAAGUCAUAUGACGUUUCAAAUUCUGUUGGGAAUAGAGGUUUUUCUGGAACAGGUCAAUAUGAGUUAAUGCAGACUGUUCCCCCAAAUGCAACUGAAUACAUCUUCCAGGCUCUCAAGCCAAGGAUAAUAUUCAGUGCACACACCCAUGAGUUCUGUGACUACAUACACAGGGAUGGGACACGAGAGAUUACUGUUCCAGCCAUGACAUGGGAUGCAAGGGAUGAUCCUGGAUUUGUUAUUGCGACCUUUGGAAGAAAUAGAGCUGUGACUGUCAGCCAGUGCUCUCUUGCACGAGAAUCCCAUGUAUUAACGGCAUACAUUUCUGUUCUUGUUUUGUUAAUAUCCACAAUGAUUAUUGUGCUUAAAUCUCAAUCGACUCAAUCAGUGAUAUGACCAAGUAUCGAUCCCUCCCACCCCAUUUCUGUAGUUGACUAAUUGUAACAUUUUUUCCUCAUCGAUUAAUUGUGAAGAAAGAAUAUAGGAAAAACUUACUGAAGUAAAUCAAUGAGUAUUUUUUUUACAGUGUC